AUUCAUACGAAACAGCAAAAGAAAAACUACUUCUAGCUGAACAAUUAUCAGAUUUUACUGAAGGAGGCACAGAAGAUGAGAGCGGAAAAUGUGAAAAAGAAAAAAAAUCAAGACAUAUGCGAGCUAAAAGAAAUUAUUCUUCGUCGGAGGAAUCUGAAUUCGACUGUGACGGAAGUAAAAAACUAAAGAAAUUUCCGGAAAUUCCUAAAAAAUUAAACAUGACAAAGAGCACAACUAUUACUGAAAGUCAAAAGAUUCCACCAUCAUCAUCAGAGAGAUCAAAAUCUCAAUGCCAAAUAAAUCCUGCUAAACGUACUAAAAGUUUGUAUAAAGGAGGGACAACAAGUAAAGACACAGAAUCUUAUAUCAGUUCAUCAGAUGAAAAUGACUAUUUGCAAAAUUCAAUGACUGAAAAGAAGUACAUAAAUAAGUCUACCACCAACAUCGUAACAGAAGAUGCAGAAAAUGAAUUUCGAAAAGAAGUUAUAAGAAAAUUACAGUUAUUACUUAAUAAAAUAACUGUUUUAGAAAACAGAAUGGUCUUAUUGGAAACGUCAGGCACUAUGCGGCAGAUUAAUCAGGAAGUAGCCGAUGUUAUACAAUAUGAAGAAUAUGAGCUGCCACUGCAAACUAUGGUGGCGCUACUACGAUUAGAAGAAUUGUUAAAAGAUAAAUCAUUUGCAAACAAACUGGUGAAUACACUAAAGCAAGUGGGUGGAGUGAACUUGUCUAAUAUAAUCCACAAUAUUUUUAAAAAAAUAAUGAGCGACAAUAUUGCACAGAAUUUUAGUUAUUUGGGACAACGAAACAAAAGAAAUUUCAGUGCUCUCAAGAUAUGCACAAUCCUAAACA